CCAGACGCUGGACGCAGUGAGGCGCGCACACGCCGGCAGCCUGUCUCAGCUUCCGUACCGCUCUCGUUUCUGCAUCUCUGACCCUCCCUGCAGCCUCCUGCCUUGGAUAUUAACCCACCUGCUGUGUGGAUCCUCGCCAAAAUGUCCGACAAGCCAGACAUGACCGAGAUCGCCCGUUUCGACAAGACGAAGCUGAAGAAGACAGAGACAAAAGAGAAGAAUCCUCUGCCCACCAAAGAGACCAUCGAGCAGGAGAGGAAGGGCGAUGCCACACCUUGACUUGAGCACAUGAAGAAAAGGAGCUGAGAUGCAACA